UGUCCCUGUCAGAGUCAUAAAGGGAAAAGCUUCAUAGCAGGCAGCAUUUUAUCAUUUUGUUUUUCCAAAGGAGUGCUGCAAUCCGCAGACAUGCCAGUCAUGAAGUUUCAGGAUUAUCAAACUCUUUUCUUUCUAUUGUCUGUUUUAUUCAUGCAUGUUGCUGCAGACCUUCAUGCACCUGAAGUCCACACAAAGCUUGGGAGCCUGAGAGGUGAGUAUGUGAGUGUAAAGGGGAAAGAGACUGGGGUCCAUGCCUACCUGGGUGUCCCAUUUGCCAAGCCACCCAUAGGCCCUGUUCUGAGACUGGCUGCACCUCAGCCUGUAGAGGGAUGGGAAGGAGUGAGAGACGCCACCCAGCAGCCACCCAUGUGUAUUCAACAUAAGCAGCUUACUAUAGAUCUGCUUGAUAAAAACGGUGGCAUGUCAGUAGUUCUCCCAGAUAUUUCAGAAGACUGCCUUUACCUCAACAUUUACACUCCUGCAAACAAAGCUCAUGAUGGCAAGCUCCCAGUCAUGGUUUGGAUCCACGGUGGAGGGUUUGUUGUAGGAUCAGCUUCAAUAUAUGAUGGCUCGGCCUUGGCUGCUUACCAGGAUGUGGUUGUGGUUCUGAUCCAAUACCGCUUGGGACUUUUGGGCUUUCUUAGCACGGGAGAUGAGCACAUAUCAGGGAACUUUGGCCUGCUGGACCAGGUAGAAGCCCUGAGGUGGAUCCAGCAGCACAUUCACAACUUUGGAGGAGACCCUACUUCAGUUACCAUAUUUGGGGAGUCUGCAGGUGGAGUGAGCGUGUCUCUCCUGCUUCUCUCAGCAUUGUCUGAUGGCCUGUUCCACCAAGCCAUUGCUGAGAGUGGCACUGCUGCAAUGGAUUUAAUCAUGAUAAAUGAUCCUCUACCAAUAACACAGGUAGUAGCGAAUAUAUCUGGAUGUAGCAUCGAAAGCACAGAGAAGAUUGCUGAUUGUUUGAGAAACCUCGAUAUUGAUACUAUUGUGACUAUUGGGCAGGAUGAAACACUAAGAUUUUCUAUGACUGUUGAUGGACACUUCCUGACAAAACCCGUGGAUGAGCUGUUCCAUAAACAUGAACUUCUCACUGUACCGUUCAUGACUGGUGUUAAUAAUGAUGAAGUGGGCUGGUUACUUGCUGAAUUCUUUGCUCCUCCAAACUGGACUGAGGGAAUGGAUCGGGAGCAAGUUGUGAACAUGCUGUCCAUCUUUUACUCUGAUCCCAAAUAUGCAAUCAUCAGAGAUCUGAUGGUAGAUGAAUAUAUUGGAACUGGUGAAGAUCGUGUGAAAAAUAGAGAAGGGUUUACUGAGAUGCUUGGAGACACAUUGUUCACCAUUCCAGCCAUUAAAGCUGCAAAUGCCCACAGAGAUGCAGGCGCCCCUGUAUACCUGUAUGAGUACCAGCAUCCUCCCAAAUUUCUGCAGGCAAAAAGGCCAAGCUUUGUUGGGUGUGACCAUGGAGACGAACUCUUUACAGUAUUAGGAUUCUGCUUCACUACCACUCAUGUUAAAUUAGUAGAUGCAUGCCCAGAAGAGGAGGAACAGUUAAGCAGAACCAUGAUGAGCUACUGGGGCAACUUUGCUCGCACAGGGUCUCCUAAUGGGGACGGCCUUGUCCACUGGCCUAAGUAUGGAGUAGAUGAAGAAUACCUGGCAAUUGGUAUAACAGAGCAGGUAAUUGGACAGCACCUGAAGAAGGAUCGCUUUGUCUUCCUGACUCAGACUCUCCCAGAGAAGAUCCAACAACAUAUGGAGAAGAUGGAGCACAGCGAGCUGUAGAGCUGUCACCUCUCAUCUUUCUCUGUUCCAUCAGUCAUUCAUUAAAUACAAACAAGUCUGACAAAAAUGCAUUUACUUACUGUGAGAUAUUUACUAAUUGGAUUUGAUAAUAAUAACAAUAUUUUUGAAAAAAUUGAAAUUUGGAGAGGAGAUAAGUUUUAAGUUGGGUGAAUAUUUUUCCACUUUGUAUAUUGAAGCAGUUUGAAUCCAAGGAAAAGUAUUUUCGGGAAAUACUUUUAUAAAAUCUAAUAGCAUAAAGGAACGGUGUGUAUUUGUACGGUAACUUAAAUCAUGGGAUACACCUACUGUGUUUGUAUGAAGUGGAUCUAAUA